AUGGACAAAAAAGAGUGCAGUUCUUCUCAAGAUCCUGAUGUUCGAAAAGGACCUUGGACAAUGGAAGAAGACUUGAUCUUGAUCAACUAUAUUGCAAAUCAUGGUGAAGGUGUUUGGAACUCCUUGGCAAAAUCUGCUGGUCUUAAACGUACCGGAAAGAGUUGCAGACUUCGCUGGCUAAAUUAUCUUCGACCCGAUGUAAGACGAGGGAAUAUUACGCCCGAGGAACAACUCUUGAUCAUAGAUCUACAUGCAAAAUGGGGAAACAGGUGGUCGAAAAUUGCGAAACAUUUACCGGGACGAACCGAUAACGAGAUAAAGAACUAUUGGAGGACAAGGAUUCAGAAGCAUAUCAAGCAAGCUGAUCAACAAAACUCUCAGCAACAACAGAGUUCUUCUGAUAUUCAAAUAAAUGACAAUAGUAAUGAAAAUAAUAAUAAUCAAGUAGGAAGCUCUAGCCAAAUUCCAAACACAGCUGAACCUAUGGACACCACCACCAAUAAUAUUAUGUCACCACCUUCUUACCAAGGAAUUUUGGAACCAUUUUCAUCUCAUCAGUUUCCUACAAUCUCUGAUCAAUCAACUUCUUGUACCAAUGACAAUAACUACUGGAGCAUGGAAGAUCUCUUGUCUUUGCAAUUACUUAAUGGAGAUUAA